AUGCUGCGAGGCACAAGUGGGAGUCAGGGCGUUGGUGGUAAGAGUGGUGUGGCAGUUGGAGAGAGGAGAGCAGAGAGAGGGAGAGUGAGGAUGGUGGGGAGUUGUGUAGAGGAGGGGGAGGAGGAGGAGGAGGAGGAGGAGGAGGAGGAGGAGGAGGAGGAGGAGGAGGAGGAGGAGGAGGAGGAGGAGGAGGAGGAGGAGGAGGAGGAGGAGGAGGAGGAGGAGGAGGAGGAGGAGGAAAUGCGGAAAGGAGUGAAACACAAGGAACAGUCAAUGGAAGGCGAAGAGGUGGAGGAGGGAGAGGAAGAGGAGAAGGUGGGGAAGCUCGAACAAGAGAGUGCAGAGGAAGCAGAAGCGGUCCGCUAA